AUCUGCUAGAGCUAAACACUGCUGCAUCUCUGGCAUGCUCCGUUCGUCGUCAGUUAAUGCUACGCUCUACGACUAGUUCUACCCUCCUACUGUCAAGCGGCACACUUGACAACGUGCAACACCGCUAGCUAGAAACAACACAGGUGCAUUUGUAUGCCACGAGGAAAAGAGCGCGCUAGAUUCACUAUUCGCACAGCAGUCUGCUGAUCCUCCAACAACACAGGACAGAAUAAGGAGAGGAAAGAAGCUAACAUUCGAACAGUCAGACUCGUCUUUAGGGCAAGACAUUUAGCUCAUUUGCUAGCCUUCGCUAGUAUUGACCACUGUUCUUUUGUGGUGCUGUUCACAAUAUACCAAAAAUGACUGCCGAAGAAGUGUCAAACGAAGGACAGACUAUUCCUAUUGAGGGAGAAGAUAUAACUCCCAAGAAGGAUGGAGGAGUCCUGAAGCUGGUGAAGAAGGAGGGAACAGGCAAUGAGUUCCCCAUGACUGGUGACAAGGUGUUUGUGCACUACGUGGGUACCCUGCUGGAUGGCAGCAAGUUCGACUCGAGCCGCGACCGCAAUGAUAAGUUCAGCUUCGAAAUUGGAAAAGGUCAGGUGAUCAAGGCGUGGGACAUUGGCGUGGCGACCAUGCGUAUCGGGGAGGUGAGCCAGCUCAUUUGCAAACCAGAGUACGCCUACGGGGCUGCGGGAAGCCCACCCAAAAUCCCACCCAACGCCACGCUCGUGUUUGAGGUGGAGCUCUUUGAGUUCCACGGGGAGGACAUCACAGAAGAGGAGGACGGAGGAAUCGUCCGUCGCAUCCUGACAAAAGGAGAGGGCUACACCAAGCCCAACGAGGGAGCCGCUGUGGAAGUGGCUAUUGAGGGGAGUUGUGAGGGUCGCGUGUUUGACGAGCGGGAGUUGAAGUUUGAGCUGGGAGAUGGUGACAGCCUGGAUCUGCCCCCUGCUGUGGAGAAGGCACUGCAGAGCAUGGAGAAGGGAGAGGAGGCACUCUUUACAGUCAAGGCCAAGUACGGUUUUGGAAGCAACGGACAUGCAAAGUUCAACAUUCCAGGCGGAGCAACACUGCAGUACAAAAUCAAGCUAAUUAAUUUCGAAAAGGCCAAGGAGUCAUGGGAGAUGAACGCUGAUGAGAAGUUGGAACAGAGCAGCAUUGUAAAGGACAAAGGCACACAGUACUUUAAGGAUGGCAAGUACAAGCAGGCAUCUGUGCAGUACAAGCGCAUCAUCUCGUGGCUGGAGCACGAGUCGUCUCUGAAGGGGGCGGAGGAGGAGAAGGCCAAGGCCCUGCGGCUGGCGGCCCACCUCAACCUGGCCAUGUGCUACCUCAAGAUGCACGAGCACGCGCCGGCCCUGGAGAACUGCGACAAGGCUCUGGAGCUGGACAGUAAUAACGAGAAGGCCCUGUUCCGGCGCGGCGAGGCCCUCUUUGGCAUGAAGGAGUAUGAACGCGCCCGCGGCGACUUCACACGUGUCACCCAGCUGUACCCAGCCAACCGCGCCGCCAAGGCCCAAGUGCAGGUGUGCCAGAAGCACAUGAAGGAGCAGCAUGAGAAGGACAAGCGCCUCUACGCCGGCAUGUUCCAGAAGUUCGCCGAGAGGGACGCCAAGAGGGAAGCCACCCAGGGGAAGGAGAACGGUGAAGGGGACAGCAUGGACGUGGAGGAGAACGGGACGCAGGAGCAAACUGCAGCGUGAGGGAGGGAGGGAGUCUGAUGUCUGAUGUCCUCUGUGUGUUAAUGUGUGAGUGAGUCAAUAUGUGAGUGUACGCGUGACUUGACUGGUGUGUAUGCAGGGAUCAGUACUGUCCUUUUGUUUUUGAUUGUUUGUUUAUUUGUUAUAAUUUGUAUCUGCUUUGAGCUUUUGAUUGCAGCAAUUUGAUAGUACUGAUCUGUGUGUGUGCGUGUGUGUGUUGAAAGGCAGCUAGCUGCAUUGUGUCUGCUUCUAAAGGCUUUGAGAAGGAUGGCAAGGUGACAGUCCCAAAGACGCCCCUCCUUACUGCACUGCCCCUCCCACCACUCUGCCCUGACACGUGAUUGGUAAACCCAUCACAUGACUGACAGCAGUAGGGAAUGCUGCGAAUCCACCCCUCACCCCCCUUUCCCAACCUAACAGUUUCCCGUAAUGCACUAAAACUCAAACUAGUAAUGGCUGCAGACGCUCUUGCUCAAAUGAAAUAUCCCUGUUUCUUUGCCGAAGCCAUUUGAUCAACAACACACCCCCAUCACAACCACACACACACACACACUCACACAUUAAAGAUCUAUAUGCAUAUGCACACUCAUACACACUGUGCUGUUGUACACACUGUGCUGUUGUAUUUCUGAGAUGUAAGGCACAAUGUGGCAGUGGAGGGGUGUGUGUGUGGUGUGUGUGUGUGUGUGUGUGUAUAGAAAGAGGAAAAGAAAGAGAGCAAGAGAUGUAUGGCGCUUCUGAAAAUGUAAUCUGUGCACCAGCGUUUUUGGUGUGCUGGGUCCUACGACUGCCGUCUUCAUUGGUGUAUUUUAUUAUUUUUUUCGCAUUUUGUCCUCCUCUGUCUUUGUAUAGAUGUGUUAUGAAUUCUGAUUGGUUUUGAAUUGUUUGUUUCUUAUUUGUUUUUCUGUUUUUUUACCUUCAGUGUCGGCUGUAAUCUUAAAAUCACAAAAAAACUGUAAAUGUUUAUCUAAUGACGAGAAAUAACAAACUAUGAAAUAAGAAAAAAAGAAAACUGGACCGCUCCAGAAAGAGUUGGAAAUUAAUUAUUAAUUUUAUCCUUCCACUUACCAAAUGUGUGUCUGUCUGUCUCUCUCUCCAUGUUCAUAAGCGCAAGCUCCCCACAGAUGGAGGCGAGCGAUUAUAGCCUCGACUAGCAAAUGUUAGCGGUUAGCAGUGUACGAGAAGAAAAUGUGGGCGUGUGUCCCUCUGGUCGACCCGCCUUCCAGAUUACUGUUCUGAUGUCACAGAAGCUCCAUGUGUCACUGAUGGUGAAUAAAGGAUACAAAAUAUUGUC